AUGGAGGAACACAAAGAUGCUCAAUACUGUUUUCAUAACUCUUCUUGCGGGAAGGCUUCGCUAUCGACAUCUAUUUACAUAACACUGUACAUUUUGUUCUCAUCAAUUUCAGCGGUUACAGUAUUUUUGAACGUACUGGUGAUCAUCUCGAUCUAUCACUUCAAGCAGCUCCACACUCCAACCAACCUGCUCAUCCUUUCUCUGGCUGUGACAGAUUUCCUGGUGGGACUGAUUGCGAUACCAGUACUGACUGUGGCAGUAAUGGAAUCAUGCUGGGUUUUUGGGAAAUAUUUCUGUGUGUUUUUUCUCUUCAUCGGUUACUUAAUUAUUUCUUUAUCUCUGGGCAAUUUGGUUUUGAUAUCUAUUGACCGUUAUGUAGCUGUGUGUUAUCCCUUGUUGUACCACACAAAAAUAACAAUACCAAGAAUUAUCUGUUGGAUAUUGAUUACCUGGUGUUGGUGUAGCAUAUACAACGCUGCUAUUUCAAAUAACUCUGUAACUGUACAGACAGGAACGAAAAACCUGCAAGCCUGUCAAACAUACAGUGAAGAAAUGGACCAGUGA